AUGGAUCGGUACCACAGGGUGGAGAAGCCGCGGGAGGAGGAGGCCCCUAUCGGCGCCAACGAGAUCCGCAUCACGGCGCAGGGCCGGCCCCGCAACUACAUCACCUACGCGCUCGCCCUGCUCCAGGACAACGCAACGGAUGACAUUGUCAUCAAGGCUAUGGGAAGGGCGAUCAACAAGACAGUUGUCAUUGUGGAGCUUCUUAAGAGGAGGAUUGCUGGUCUCCAUCAGAAUACCUCUAUUGAAUCCAUUGACAUAACUGACACUUGGGAGCCGUUGGAAGAAGGCCUUGUCACUCUUGAGACCAUUCGCCAUGUGUCCUUGAUCACUAUUAAAUUGUCAAAGAAGGAGCUGGAUACAUCAUCCCCAGGUUACCAGCCACCCAUACCAGCUGACCAGGUCAGGCCAGCAGCUGAGUUCGAUCAGGAUGCAGAGGCUGUACCAAGUGGUCGUGCAAGAGGACAUGGUCGUCGGGGCAGGGGCAGGGGGAGGGGAAGAGGGUUCAGCAAUGGGGGAGUAGACUAUCAUGAUGAGUUUGGAGAACCAGAGGAGGCUCCCCGUGGAUAUCGUGGCAGAGGGAGGGGCCGUGGAGGUCGUGGAUCUUUUGCACCUGGAAGGGGCUAUGGUGGUGAUAAUUAUGCGAUGGGAGAAGCUGGUGGAUAUGAUGAUGGAUAUAAUGCACCACCUAUGCAAGGAUAUGGUCCGCGUCAGGAAACAGCAAUGAGAAGGGAGUCCAAUAUUGUCCCUAAGCCUCAAGUUCAUCACAGUUCACAGGCAAUAGGUGUAGGAGUUAUUUUGGAAUAA